AUGACAGACACCACCAAAAACAUCUCCACAACAAUGGAGAAUAAUACUGCUACCAAAUCUAAUGAGAAUAACAGUACUAAGGAUCAGAAUCAGAAGAAGAACAGGAUUCAAGUGUCCAAUACCAAGAGGCCCCUCUUCUUCUACCUUAAUCUCGCCAAGAGAUACCUGAAGCAGCAUGAUGAGGUUGAGCUUUCUGCAUUGGGAAUGGCAAUCCCCACUGUUGUCAUAAUUGCUGAGAUUUUGAAGAGAAACGGAUUAGCUACCAACCAAAAGGUUAUGAUAUCUACGGUGGGCAGCAAUGCUGAAUCAAAUGGUCGCUUUGUUAGAAAGGCCAGGAUUGAAAUAGUAUUGGAGAAGGCCAAGAAUGCAGAAACCUAA